AUGUCCCUGCUCCCUCCCGAGGUCCACACUGCGCUGUCCCAGCUGCUGCGUGCCUUGGGCACACCCGACAACGCCGUUCGAUCUCAGGCCGAAGAGCAGCUGAACAAUGAUUGGGUGCAGAACAAGCCGGAUGUCCUCCUGAUGGGCCUGGCUGAGCAGAUUGCUGGUGCCGAAGAUACACUAACCCGUGCUUUCGCCUCUGUACUCUUCCGGAGAAUCGCUACCAGGACCCGCAAGGUUACCAGCAGCGCCGAUAUUAAGGAAAUCUUUUUGAGUCUGCCCAAUGAGCAGCGUAUCGCUAUUCGGGAAAAGCUGCUCACUUGUCUGACCUCCGAGGCUGUCCUGGAUGUGCGCAAGAAGAUUGGAGAUGCUGUGGCCGAGGUCGCUCGCCAAUACACCGACAACGGCGAGCAAUGGCCCGAACUGCUUGGUGUCCUCUUCCAGGCAAGCCAGUCUGCGGAGGCUGGCCUUAGAGAGACUGCCUUCCGCAUCUUCAACACCACCCCCGGUAUCAUCGAGCAACAGCACGAGGAUGCCGUUGUCAGCGUCUUCACGAAGGGCUUUGAAGACGAAAACAUUUCUGUAUGCUCACCCCACUCCCAUAUCUCAAAAAUCGCUCGACAGACACCUUCUGACCCAAGACCUUUAGGUGCGAAUUGCCGCCAUGGAAGCCUUCGCCGCCAUGUUCCGCUCUAUCCACAAGAAGUCCCAGCCCAAGUUCUUCCCCCUCGUGCCCGCCCUUUUGAACAUCCUUCCCCCCUCAAAGAGUCUAGCGAAAGCGAGGAGCUGUCGUCGGCAUUCGUGGCCCUCAUCGAGCUGGCAGAGAUUAGCCCCAAGAUGUUUAAGGGUAUCUUCGGUGACUUGGUCAAGUUCAGCAUCAAUGUUGUCUCCGACAAGGAGCUCAGCGAUCAGGUCCGCCAGAAUGCGCUGGAGUUGAUGGCCACUUUUGCCGACUAUGCGCCUGGCAUGUGCAAGAAGCAGCCCAACUUUGCACAGGAUAUGGUUACCCAAUGUCUGAGUUUGAUGACUGAUGUGGGCCAGGAUGAUGAUGAUGCCUCUGAGUGGAAUGCAUCUGAGGAUCUCGAACCCGAGGAGAGUGAUCUCAACCACAUUGCUGGUGAGCAAUGUAUGGACCGUCUGGCUAACAAGCUGGGUGGCGAAGCUAUUCUGCAGCCUUCCUUCUCUUGGAUUCCUCGUAUGAUGUCCUCGACUGCCUGGCGCGAUCGCCAUGCUGCUCUGAUGGCUAUUUCUGCCAUUUCAGAGGGCUGCCGUGACCUGAUGGUUGGCGAACUCGACCAGGUCCUUGCCCUGGUUGUUCCUGCUCUGCGGGACCCCCACCCCCGAGUCCGCUAUGCCGGCUGCAAUGCUCUCGGUCAGAUGAGUACCGACUUUGCUGGAACUAUGCAGGAAAAGUACCACGCCAUUGUUCUUAACAACAUCAUCCCUGUGCUCAGUUCCACCGAACCCCGUGUGCAGUCUCACGCCGCCGCCGCUCUCGUGAACUUCUGCGAGGAGGCCGAGCGCAGCAUCCUUGAGCCCUACCUUGGCGACCUUCUGAGCCGACUCCUCGAGCUUCUGCGUAGUCCCAAGCGAUACCUUCAGGAGCAAGCCCUGUCCACUAUUGCUACCAUCGCUGACUCUGCCGAGACUGCCUUCGGCCAGUACUACGACAAUUUAAUGCCGCUCUUGACCAACGUUCUUAAGGAGGAACAGGGUAAAGAGUACCGGCUGCUCCGUGCUAAGGCCAUGGAGUGCGCUACUUUGAUCGCUUUGGCUGUUGGCAAAGAGAAGAUGGGCCAGGAUGCCUUGAACCUCGUCCAGAUCCUGGGCAACAUCCAACAGAACAUCGUCGAUGCCGAUGAUCCCCAAUCGCAAUACCUGCUCCACUGUUGGGGCCGCAUGUGCCGCGUCCUGGGCCGCGACUUUGUUCCAUACCUGCCUGGUGUUAUGCCCCCUCUCUUGACUGUGGCUGCAGCCAAGGCCGACAUCCAGCUACUGGAUGACGAGGAUCAGAUUGAGCAAGUCGAGCAAGAUGAGGGCUGGGAGCUGGUUCCUCUCAAGGGCAAGGUCAUUGGUAUCAAGACUAGCGCUCUGGAAGACAAGAACACCGCUAUUGAGUUGAUCACCAUCUACGCCCAGAUUUUGGAGGAGGCCUUCGAGCCUUACGUCCUGGAGACUAUGGAGAGAAUUGCUGUUCCCGGUCUUGCCUUCUUCUUCCACGACCCGGUCCGCGUUUCGGCCGCGAAGCUGAUCCCUCAGCUUUUGAACUCGUACAAAAAGGCCCACGGUGGUCAGAACCAAGGAUUUGCUGACAUGUGGAACAAGGUGGCCGAGAAGAUUAUCGAGGUGCUUAGUGCCGAGCCUACUGUCGAUACUCUGGCCGAGAUGUACCAGUGCUUCUAUGAGUCUGUGGAGGUUGUUGGCCGCAACAGCCUGACCCCGCAACACAUGCAGGUCUUCAUUGACUCUGCCAAGUCUACUCUCGAGGACUACCAGAUGCGCGUGAAGCAGCGCUUGGAGGACCAGGCUGAGCUGGAUGGUGACGAGGAGAACUUGGAAUAUGAAUAUGCUAUUGAAGAUGAUCAGAACCUGCUCAGUGACAUGAACAAGGCUUUCCACACCAUUUUCAAGAACCAGGGCACCUCCUUCCUGCCCACCUGGCAACAGCUGAUCCAGUUCUACGACAACUUCAUCACUAGCCAGGACCCGACACAGCGGCAAUGGGCCCUGUGCAUCAUGGAUGAUGUGCUGGAGUUCUGUGGCGAUGAUUCUUGGACUUUCAAGGACCACAUUAUGCAGCCCCUGGCGAACGGUUUGCUGGACGAGAACGCCGCCAACCGCCAGGCUGCUGCCUAUGGCGUUGGUGUUGCCGCACAGAAGGGUGGUGCCGCUUGGAGCGACUUCGUUGCUGCCAGCAUUCCUAGCCUGUUCCAGGUGACCCAGCACCCGCAGAACCGCACCGAGGAGCACGUCUUCGCAACCGAAAAUGCCUCCGCCAGUAUCGCUAAGAUUCUGCACUACAACGCGUCCAAGGUCCAGGGUGCUCAGGAAAUUGUGUCCAACUGGAUCGACACCCUUCCUAUUACCUACGACGAGGAGGCGGCCCCGUACGCUUACUCUUUCAUUGCACAGUUGAUCGAUCAGCAAAACCCCGCUGUCGUGAGCAAGGCCGAUCGCGUAUUUGGAUCCAUUGUGCAGGCUCUUGAGGCCGGCACUCUGCAAGGCCAGACUGCUGCCCGUGUGGCCCAGUCCGCUAAACAGCUGGUGACCGCGACAGGCUUGAACGCAGAGCAGAUCCUGAGUGGCGUCGGCCCGGAAAACCAGGAGCGUGUGCGCAAAUUUUUCCAGUAG